AUGGCUGAAAAAUCUAAUGAAAAAUAUCCAUGUGAAAACAAUGAAAAUUCUUCUGAAACUGCAAUACCUUACAACAUCAUAGCUGAUAAAAAUGACGAAGAUACUUCGGGUACCAUCUGCACCAUUUCAUCUAGUUCUAAAAACAUACCAGAAGUAUUUUUAUCCUUCGAUGAUGAACAAUCUUCUGAACUUGAUGCACUUCAACCAUCAUCUUCAAUGAGUCGUAAAUUGUCUAUGAAAAAUAUUGUUGGUAAAUUUUUUGAUAACAAAUACAAAAGCCGUAAUAAUGAUAAUGUAGUUGAAAAUGACAAUAACAAUCCCGUCGAUAUAAAUAAUGAACUCAAUGUUUAUGCUCCAGUUGAUGAUAUUCAACACAAUAUGCUGGCCAACAUAUGUAUGAUUGAUUCUCCAUCGUCUUGUCCAAGCAUGUUUAUAAAUUACAUCCAUUUUCCCGAGUUGUGUUUAUCAAUCAAUGAACCGUUUUCUACUUAUUCACAGUUACCAUUAUCAGUUUCACUCACGCCUCCAUUAAACCUUGAUGUUAGUGUAGUUAAGCAUGGUCAAGAAUAUAUUGAUUUUAUGUCUAUUUUCACAGAAUUUGAUAUUUAUAAACCAUUACUCGAAAAAAUAUUCUCAUAUUUAGCUUAUAGAGAUAUUGCAUCGAUGACCGCUGUGUCUAAAACUUGGCGCAAAGCGGUUUCAAAAUCCGUAACUGCUCAAAAGAAGUUGGAAAAAGUUUUUAUACACGCAAUAUUAUAUUUUUGUCAUAAUAAUGCAAAUGUAACUGAUGAAUAUAAACAAUUGUUUAAUAAGAUUUUGAUACAUUUUAAAAAUCAAAUACAUUUUAAAAGACAAGAUUUUUAA